AACUGACUUCCCCUCAACUGGUUAAGAUAUGCAUUUCUAAUAUAAGAAUACACACUGCUACAACUAAAGAGAAAGGUAUCAGGUGGGCUUGUGUGGAGCCUGUGUUGAAACGCUUGGUUCAUACGAUUUGACCUUUCAGUUUCCGUAUGACGGGGACCCGCUGACCACAAGGUGAAUCUGAUGUGCACAGAGCUUCAUGAAGCUUAAAAGUGCAAUUUAAGACAUGAAGCUUUACUAUGUACCCGCAUCAGCCUAUGAAUAAUACCAGGGCCGUCACACAAUGGCUUAUCUGAUGGCGUUCAGUUUGCUUCUUCUUCUAAAAUCAGUCACAUCUUCAGGUGCAGGUUGCACCAUUUGCGACGGAAACAACUCCACCUGCGUCGACGGUGAGUGUCUACCUCGCUGCAUCAACCUGACAUCAUCUGGAGAGUGUCUGCAGUGUCGAGAUUCCAGGUUUCAUGGAGAACAGUGUAAAAACAUGUGUCCAGACACAUGUAUCAACUCUCGCUGUCAGAUAAAUAACUCUCGUGUUGUGUGCACAGAGGGAUGCGUGGCUGGCAAAAAGGGAGAUAACUGUGGUGUGAACUGUUCUUCAGCCUGUACACAGUGUGAACGUUAUGGUGAUGGUUGUACAGGACAGUGUUCCAACAGCCGCUACUAUGGACUAAACUGUCGGAAGUCAUGCCCCUCCAACUGCAGAGAGGGGUGUGAUAAAGAAACUGGGGAGUGUGACAGUUGUGAAGAGGGGUACAGAGGGAAGUACUGUAAGGAAGACUGCCCCAUCAGCUGUGUCGGUGGAUGUGAGAAAGACACCGGGCAUUGCGACAGCUGUGAGCGAGGUAACAGAGGGAAGUUCUGUAACGGUACCUGCAAGUCUGGACUAUGUAAAUCAGGUGGGUGCGUUGAAGACAUGGUUGAAUGCAGUAAAUGCCGGCGAGGAGUGAGGGGGAAGUACUGCAAUGCCUUCUGUCCCUCUACAUGUACACAUUGUGAACGUUACGGAGUUGAAUGUACAGGACAGUGCUCAGAAUCUCAAUACUACGGCCUCUCAUGUCAGUUUCCAUGCCCAGCCCACUGUACUGGAGGGUGUGACAGCGACACGGGGAAGUGUACCAACUGUUUAGCAGGUUACAGAGGAGAGUUCUGCAAUGUAACCUGUCCCUCAAACUGUUCCCAAUGUCAACGGUUUGGUGACGUGUGUCUCGGACCUUGUCCACACAAUGAACAUUAUGGGGAGGACUGCUCGACUCCAUGUCCUGUAGGAUGUGCUGGAUGCAAUAAGGUCACAGGGAUUUGUCUCAGCUGUGCAUCCCUCUUCAAGAGAACCUACUGUAACGAGCUCUGCACAAAGUGCAAUGGCGCAGAUUGCCAUACAACGCCAUGUGUCAGCCGUAACACAGAUGCUCAUCUUACCCUCAAGAUCAUAUGUGGUCUACUUGCUGUCCUGGCGCUGAUGUGCGGGGCAUUUGCUGGGAUGAGGCACAUGAAAAUUAGACGAGAAAGAACCAUCUUCUCAUCACCCCAGCAUUAUGAUAAUCAGCCCCAUGGUUCUAAUGGCCCAAGGCAGAGUGACGGUGAUUACUGGACCAAGAAGUACUGGGAAAUAUAUGACAACGACAUGGAUUCCGAUCAGUCUGUAAAACGGUCUACUGCAAAACAGUCUAAUGGAGCACCGCAAGAACUAGUCAGUAGACGCACAGCACCACUCAAUCGAGGGAGUUCCUCCGACCUCCGCCAUGAGGACUCGGCAUUACUAAACAACCUAGACUCGAAUUGUAGUUAUGAAGGUUACGAAUGUGUGUUGGCUGGACCAGAAGAGGCUGAUGGUGGUGGGGACUAUACAAAUAUACACGGAAAGGACGCGAUGACUCCACAGAUAUCUGCCUCUGGGGAAUGUUCUUCCUCAAGUUCUGACAUAUCCGAAGCCUGCUUACCGUCAGACGCGCAAUUGAUCAAAAAGACGGAUUCUAUAAUAUUCAUUGAACAAAACUGUGACUUAGCUAGUGUGAGUGUCAGUUAUCUUUCCCCUGACAAUGCCGAUGCAGAAGAAGAAUGUUAAUGUGAUGCUACUAUAUUCAUACAAUGAAUAUGUUUUCGCAAAACUAGUACUAUCAAGAUAGCAUGAUUUUUGUUUGAGUUAUGUAAAUACUAUUUUUCGAUAAAAUGUUACAAUUGUGAGUCAUAUCAAUAUUACAUUUCUUACAAAUCAACAAGAUGUACUCAAAAUAAUGAUUUACAUUUAAUUUGAUGUGUUUGUUUCAUUGAAUAUAUUUCAAAAGCGAUUCGAUAUCCUGUAAAUAUCAGAUACCCUUAAUGUUUAUGUACACAUGGAGAAGCGUUGUUAGAUAUCGAUUACACGUCUAAUGGUAAUCAUUGUGGUAAGUUGCCUUUAAAAAUAGCAACGAAAUGCCCAGGUUCUUGUUAUGAACACAUGGACUACUGUAACUAGUGUUCGGAAAGGCAACGCACCGAACGAUAUGUAAAUAAAAUGAUUACAGCUUCA